UACCCCUGAUAUAGGUUUUCUGCUCGAGCAGGGAGCUGGACUAGAAGACCUCCAAGGUCCCUUCCGAGUUCCAACCCUGUUAUCCUGUUAUGGACUUGCCACUAGUGAAAUAUACAUUCAGAGGAGAGGAAAAUGCCUCCCCCCAUUCUCGCAUCCCCUUCCCCAUCUCUGAGUUGGCCUCCCUGAAAAGUACUGAUGGCUCCUGAAACAUUUGUCUCUGCACAAAGCCAGGUGCAUCCAGAGAGGAGCCUGCUCAUCCUUGAGGUUGCAGGACGUCAACACGCCCUUCUGAGCGUGUGGGGAGGAGAGCUGGGAGAAAGAGCGAGGUCCUGCCCCCUUGUUCUUGAGAGGAAGGCCUUGUCUGGGAAAAACCAAGGAGACGGGCUUGACCCCCUCCCCGUCUUUUCCCACAUGCGAGCGGUCUGCAGUUCCUAUCCAGUUGGCUGCCAGUGCCGAGGGCUGGCCUAACACGAUCCAGAUGGAGCCCCUCCAUCCCUCCCUGGUGAGUUUCUGGGGAGUUGUUCUUGGCAGCUGCAGCUGAAUGGCUGGAAUGCAGCAGAGCCUUCCUUGGAAGGAGGCACCAAGUCUCUCUCCUCCCCCCCCCAUCCUCAGCAUCUGGAUUGCAUUUGGAGAGCAGGAAAGGAUGCAGAGAUCUCAUGCCAUCACCUCUUUAACUCUUUCCUCCUCCCUCUCCCGCCCGCCUGGGUCAGAAGGAGGAAGGGGCUGCCCAAAGGGUCUGCCAGACUAGACUCCAGGAGAUGGCAGCGCAGAGAAUCAGGCAGCCACGAUGCCCGACUCGCCGGCCGACGUGAAGACGCAGUCCCGCUCCACACCCCCGAACAUGCCCCCACCAUCACCAGCGGUCUCCCAGGGAGCCACACGGCACCCCACCUUCACCUCAAACCCCAAUCGUGAUGCUGGGCCGCCGAUGUUUCUCCCACGCGGCCGAUUUCAUGGUUGCCUGAAAUGGUCCAUGGUGUGUCUCUUAAUGAACGGAAGCAGUCAUUCCCCGACGGCCAUCAACGGAGCGCCCUCCACGCCCAACGGCUUCAGCAACGGGCCGGCCACGUCCUCCACUGCUUCGCUGUCCAACCACCAGCUUCCUCCGGCCUGUGGGGCUCGCCAGCUUAGCAAGCUGAAGCGUUUCCUUACCACCCUGCAGCAGUUCGGCAGUGACAUCUCUCCAGAGAUAGGGGAGCGGGUUCGCACACUGGUGCUGGGCCUCGUGAAUUCCACACUGACCAUUGAAGAAUUCCAUUCUAAGCUCCAGGAGGCCACAAACUUCCCCCUGCGCCCUUUCGUCAUCCCGUUCUUGAAGGCCAACCUGCCCCUGCUUCAGCGGGAGCUUCUCCACUGUGCCCGCAUGGCCAAGCAGAGCCCAGCCCAAUACUUGGCGCAGCACGAGCAGCUCCUGCUAGAUGCCAACGCCUCCUCGCCCAUCGACUCCUCGGAGCUGCUGCUGGAGGUCAACGAAGGGGUCAAAAGGCGGACGCCAGACAGGACCAAAGAGAAUGGCUUGGACCGCGACUCCCUGCACCCUGAGCACCUCAGCAAAAGGCCUUGCAACCUAAGCCCUGCCCAGCGGUACAGCCCCAGCAAUGGGCUCAGCCAUCAGCCCAAUGGGCUGCCCCACCCCACCCCUCCUCCCCCUCAGCACUACCGCCUCGAGGACAUGGCUGUGGCCCAUCGCUACCGGGACACCUACCGCCCUCCGGAUCCUCGGGACCUUCGGGAGCAUCCCCGGCCAGCAGCCGUCCACAGUUCCCGGCAAGAGGAGGUGAUCGACCAUCGGUUGACCGAGCGAGAAUGGGCUGAAGAGUGGAAACACCUCAACAAUCUCCUGAACUGCAUCAUGGACAUGGUGGAGAAGACACGCCGGUCCCUCACCGUUCUGCGCCGCUGCCAGGAGGCUGACCGUGAGGAGCUCAACCACUGGAUCCGCCGCUACAGCGAUGCUGAAGACAUGAAGAAGGGGCCGAGCCCCGCCAGCCGCCCCCUCAGCAGCACUGCCAACCUGGAGGCGCCACUGCUAGAUGCUCAUCGUGAAUUUGUAUCCAGGCCCCUGUCUGGCUACAUGCCGGAAGAAAUCUGGAGAAAAGCUGAAGAAGCCGUGAACGAGGUGAAGCGUCAGGCCAUGUCGGAGCUGCAGAAGGCCGUCUCAGACGCGGAGAGGAAGGCGCACGAGCUGAUCACUACGGAGCGGGCCAAGAUGGAGCGGGCCCUGGCCGAAGCCAAGCGCCAAGCCUCCGAGGAUGCUUUGACCGUCAUUAACCAACAGGAGGACUCCAGUGAGAGCUGCUGGAACUGCGGGCGCAAGGCUAGCGAGACCUGCAGCGGAUGCAACACUGCACGCUACUGCGGCUCCUUCUGCCAGCACAAAGAUUGGGAGAAGCAUCACCACGUCUGUGGACAGACCCUCCAGAGCCUCCAAUCUUCUGUCGGGGCGGGCUCUUCCGGCCCGGUUGGGCUUCCCGGGGCUCCCGCCCAGUCAGACGGGGCGGCCGUGACCAGUUCCAUCCCUGGUGUGGCCCUGGGAGGGAGCUCAAGCAAUCCAGGCUCUGCCACCGUCUCGCGUUCUGGCACACCGGCAACCCCAGCCCCAUUGGACACCACGUCCCGCUAGGCGAGAGACACAAGGGAACCAUCACUGCUGCUGCUGCUACCACUGCUCUCCAAAUGGGGGAAAAACCCCCAGAAAACUGCAUUCAAUGCAAAUCCUCAGCUACCUGACACGUGUUUGACCUCCAGAGCAACCUCUAACUCUACGACAGAAUCCUCACAAAUCCUCAGACCUGGCUUUAAAUGGAGUUAAGGCAAGCGCCGAGCCUCGUCCGUUCUUCGAAGACAGUGAUGAUGAUGGGAGACUCAACUUCCGACCCAUAGGAUGUGGGGGAAUUGAAGUGGUUGUUGUUGUUUUUCUUUUCUUUUUCUUCUUCUCCUCUUCCUCCUCCUCCUCGGAUGAGGCAUCGGCAGGUAUCCCCACCUCUUGACUUGGGGACAAGGAAGGGAAACGGGACGAGACUCCCUCCGCCUCCUGCCGGAGGUGCGUUCCUGGAAAUAAAACAAAUGAAAGCCCCUUCUUCUGAAAGAGAAAAGGGGCAGAAGAAGGCAGGGAAAAUGGAUUUCAGUUACAAAAAGCAACCCUUUUUUUUCCUUUUUGUAAAAAAAUAAAAAUAGACAAUAAAAACAUCAAACUCUUUGGCUUUAAGUAAAACAGAAAGAAAAAAAAUCCAAAAAGUACCCACAAAACCAAGUAAAGGAAGCUUACCUGUAAACUACCUUGCUAGUUAGCCAAGAAAUACCAUUUUCACCUCUGCUCCAAAGGAAAUCCAAAAACAGAAAAAAAAAGAAUCCAAACUUUUUUCCACUGCCAAAGUUUCUUUCUUCCUCCCCCCCCCUCACUUUUCUUCCUGCGAUUGACUUCUUCCUCUUCUUCCUCAGUACGGAGGCUUUAUUUAUUAGGUUUUUGUGAACAGAGGAGUCCCGCAUCUUUCUGCAACUUUCUACCCACCGCUUGGCAGAGGCUGCGGCUGCCGCGGCUGGUGGCAUUUCUACUCCUUUGUGCUCCUGGAGGGGGGAGGGGAAGGGGGGACCUCACUGCACGCGGACCUUGGCCUACUCCCCCGUCACCCUGGAGGAGGACAGGCGUGCAACCGUGGGAUUCGGAGAAAUUUUCGUAGAAUAAAGCAAAAAACAAAACCAAGUAUUCACCGCUUUUGUGAGUGGGAGGAGGUGUGUUUGUGUGCGUAUGUGUGACAGAGAGAGGAGAGAGAGUGUGUGAGGCGGAAAUGAUGCUAUAAACUCCCUCGCUUGGUGGAUUAUAAAAACCCCUUGUGCCAGAGAGACGUGUGUGAUUCACCCCUGCCUGCCUGCCUGCCUGCCUGCCUGCCUGCCUGCCCUUGGCUAGUUUGGUUCCUGGGCAAGAAAGUCUCUGCCUCUCACCCAGAUCUUUUCACCUCUAUCAUCCCGCCCCCCCCGCCCCCCCAAUCUCUGCUCUCCGUAAUCCACCCAUCUUCCCAGGCAGGUUUUUUUGCAGUUUCCUUCUUCUGCCCAAAGAACAGAGAGGCAUCUUAUUUUUUCUUCUCUUCUUCUGAAGUCCCGGUGCCAGGUUGGCCAAGAGUCCCCCUGACCUCAGUAUUGGCUCUUCUCCCUAAUCUCUCACUGGGUCUCCCAGAUGGGCAGGGGGUCCCUUCCCCUCCCUCCUUCCCUCAGCCCAGCCUUUGGUCUUCCGUUGCCAUUCUGGGUUUUUCUGGAGGUAACCAACAGAUGUUUGCCUGGGGAGGAAGGCGGAGGGGAGGAGGAAACUGUGGUAUCCAAUGGUCACAUUCUUUGCAACACUGUACAAAGUACUGAGGACGGGAGUGCAAUAUGGGGGGAGGGGGGAACGGCAUGGUUGCAGGGCGGGGGGGACCCCUUACAGAUGGCCCAGCCAGGGGUUCAGGGCAGAAAUGUUGUACUUUUAAUGUGAAUGUAAAUAGUCUUUGCAAAAAAUUCCAAAAAUAUUGCUAAUAACCGGAAUGGUGAUGAUGGUGAGGAGAAGAGACAUUUGGCCAAAUAAUGGAAACAGACAACCACUAAAGGAUGUAGCAGGUGGGGAAAUGGGGUUUUCCCAGAAAGAGCCAUUGCUGUGCUCAGGAGAACUCUUUUUUUAUCCCCCUUAAACAGCCUCGUCCAACUUCCUCCCCUUCCAGUUGCUUGGCCUGCAGAGGUCAUCCAAAUGGGAUGGUGCUACCAUUACUCCAGCCACUGCCCAUGGAGCUGGUGCCCCUCCAUGGUACUUCUUGCCUUCAUCUUAUGUCCCUCCCCCUCAUUUCUGACUGGCCCCUCACAUCAACCCCGGGUCCACUCCAGCCUGGGAAAGAGUCAGGCAGGGAAAGAGACCGAGGUCUCCGGAACAUCGCAGGGUUUUCUCUGUCACAUCCCCAGUUCAGAGCGUUCUUUCCCGGUCAUUCUGUUCUCUCCAAAUUCAAGCAUCUCCACACCUCUUCUUCUUCCUCUCUGGCCACAUAUGGAGGCAUUUCCUUCACCAGAACAAACGGUUAUCCUUGCAAGGGGCUCAUCUCUCUCAGUUAGAUGGAGUUGCAUAAUGUGGAUUAUGGGUUCGCUUUGAACUGCUGUGGCUUGCACUUCUGAAGCCCUGGAGUCCUGAUCCUGUGCUGGUUGAGAUCUUGAUGUUCAAAGAGGCGAUGGGUAAAGGGGGGAGGGGAUUAUGGCCAUCCUGGGCUGGCUGAUCAGUCUCUUGCUUGGCAUGCCAGCAGUUUUUUUUCUGGGCAGUGGCUGUGUUGUUGUCUCCCAUUCUCUUUCUGACUCACUGGGAACCCAAAGGCAGGCAGGAAUCCUUGGGAAUUUACAGUAUACCAAGAGAUGAAUAAGUUUUUGUGCAAAUCAAAAGCAAAUGGGGAAGAGAAGGGAAUGUCUCUGCCAGAGUUUCAAAUAAGUCUCCCAAUUCUUAGAGCUAUGGCAAAAUGUUAUCACCUAGAUUUCACUCGACACGAUGGCCUGAAUUGGCGGCCCAUGUAGCGGUGGCAGUUGAAUUAAGUGUCAAUGAGUUCGGAGGGAUCUAAUCUGAGCCAGGGUGUUUUGGGCUGCAGCCUAGGAAUGCCUUUAAGCCCAUCUGCAAACUCUUAUUUGUGAACGAAGCCGGUUGCAAAGUUAAAAGCAGAGCGACCUUUUUACAAGGAAAAGACUACUUUGCAAAUGUGGGAAAUUGUACAUCCUUUUGGGCUGGCUCAGAUCAACUUCAUGCAGCUAUUUCCAAGUUGACUUUUCCCAGGGAUUUUGACAGGCUGUUGAAUCCAUCUGUGAGCUGCGCUCUGCGUCGUUCCUGAGAAUCUCUGAAAAAUGAGCCAAACCAGGGAAUCCUUUGCUCGUAUUGCAACGUUGAUUUGGGUUAUUUGUGAGGAUCCACGGGAGGCAGUUGGUACUGAAUGUGCCACGUCAAAAAAACCAAUUUGAUGCAAAUAUAGGUUGCUCUUGUCUUCUUGAGCGAUAAUUUCAUGGGUCUCCUGUAGAUCAAAGGAUGCAUUGCUUCUUUAGCUGGUUGACGAUUCUUGCUCCGUCCUUCUUUGCUUCCCUCUUUCUGCAGCAGGGAAUGCUUCCACAUAAUGGAAGUUCCCAACUCUUGAGACGGAGAUCGCCUCUUUCCAUGCUUAUUCAGUUUACGAUGCCCUUGAAUUCCCUUCUUUGCAGCUCUCCGUCUCUUCAUCCUUCUCUGCUAGGAAGAUUUAUCUUUUCUCCUGGGAAGAGGCUGGGCUGACUUCAGAAGAUGGGCCUUCUCCCUGCGGGCCGCUAGUGGUGUGAUCCAACAGGGCCACUGUUAUUUGUGGGCUUAAUUUGCAGGUCGGUACAAUGGCAGGAAGGAGCAGUUGGGUAAGGCAGGCAUACUUCUCCCCUGUUGAUCCUGAGUGACAGGCUCCCUUUGCCUGCAGAGCAAAUAGGAAGGAAAGGAUCUGCUUGUGGGUCUUCAGGGCCAAGGGGACCAUGUGGAUGCCACCAGCGUGAUGGCUUCCUUGUGUGUGAGAACAUGAUGUGGGAAGAGUAUGCUGGUUUGUCCUGAAGGAAGGAGCUUUUCCAGAGGUCUGUGGGAGCGGACUAAGGUCACAUCCCCAUUUUUUUGAAAACAGAUGCUCUUCCCAUGUGAUGCCUCUGCAGAUGGCCAGCACGGCUGUGUCAUUGUGACCAGAUGGGUCCUUCUGUCUCUCAGGAUAGAACCUUUGCUCAGAGAGUGGAACACAAGGAAAAGAGGAAAGAAGCACAGAGCAGCUGGUGGAAAAAUAAUCCCAGCACCAACCUAGCUUUAAAGACUUUGCUAAACCUCAUCAGCUGGAAACCAAUCCAUCACCCAUCCUCACGUAGUCUUCCGCCCCCCCCCCCCAGCCCAGAGCUCUGGUUCAGGAUCAGGGGUGGAGAACAUGAUUCCAAUCCUUCUCUGUGGCUCUCACUCAUUUCCUCAUAGUUCUUGUGGAUGGGGAGCUCAGCCUAGCAAUUCUGGAGAAUCAAAGUGCUCCUUCAUUUGAGUUUCAAGCUGGCUAGCCUCUCACAGCCGGCUCUCUUCCUGGCAGGAACGCACGCUGGAUUCGGGUCAGAGGUGGCACAUUCCUGGGUCUUGUCCCAGGCCUCGAGCGUCUCUGCCAAAAGACUCAGAAGCUGCCAGUUAUAGGGCAGAAACGAGCCCCCAUCCUCCCCAGGGUGGAGGAGAAGCACUGUUCUCAGGGUGCCCAGCAAGCAAAUCGCGCAUAGAACUGUGCAAUACUUGAAUCAGAGGGUUUGGGGACGAGGAGGGCCAUUGCUUGUACCGAGCAAGAUGGGAGCAUGUGUGAAUGCUUGUAAAGAUGUGUCAAAAGAGGAAAAUCAUAGAAAUCUAAGCAAAUUCAAUGAAAAGCAAAAGAGAACCCAGGUCCCCUCUUCCUCCCCCCACCCCCACCCCGGUGUUUAUGGGUUUCCGUGGCCAUUCCAGAGAAAUGACUAAGUGGUAGAAGGGUUGAGUUUGGGGAGCCCUUCUCUUGGCAUGCUCUCCUUCCCCCCUUUCCCUUGUGGUUUCCUGCUUUCUCUAAAUGUACUGUAUGUUUGACCUGUGGAAGAUGUAAACUUUAUGAUUCAGGUUAUGUCUGUUCUUAACUCUGUAUCUGUGUAAUAAAGAUGGUUUAAUAUCA